GCACACCAUGAUCGAACAAUACUAGGUACUAGUACUACAAAUCUCUACGUUCAACUACCAACAGUGGUGUUGUUUCCGAAGGACGAGACAUGAGCCAACUUAGAAUAGCUGGGAUGACAAGCGCCAAGCAAGAACCAAUGCUCGAAUCUAUCGCCUCGGCGCAAAAGGUGCUUGGUGAUACCGCUGACUCCUGCUACGUCUGCUCGUCGCCUUGCUCCAGAGCUGUCUGCUGUCAUGGAGAAUUCCCCCAGUGUUGCUCAGAUGGCGUCUAUUGCUAUUGCUGUCAGGACUGAUUACUUCUGGUGUCUUGUCUAAGGAGCCAUCCAGGGCAGGUAUUCAUGUAAACGUGUUUUUUA